UCUCACAAUCGUCAUUCAUUCUGCCAUCUCAUCUUCCAAUCAACACUCAUAACGCCCAUCGCCAUGACUUCCACAAUCUCCCACAUCGCAACCAGGACAACUUCCACAGCUACCCCGUCUUGUACAACAGCAGUACCCGGCAAGUACGGCUAUGUCGACCCUACCGCCUGCAAUGCAAACUAUGCGUUUAGCCCAAGCUUCACCGCCGCCAUCGCCUUCUCUGUGCUAUUCGCCAUCGUCACAGCAGUCCAGGUCACACAAGCUUUCCUCUUCAAGAAGGGAUUCUGCUGGGUCAUGAUUAUGGGAUGUUCCUGGGAGUUGGGAUCCUUCGUCACACGAGCACUGGGCUCCCACAACCAGCAAUCUGGAGCUCUCGCUUUGAUCAAUCAGCUCCUUCUGUUACUCGCUCCACUAUGGAUCAACGCUUAUGUCUACAUGACCGCGGGACGUCUUAUCUGGACCUUCCAUCCUGAGAGGAAGAUAUGGAAAAUCAAAGCAAUGUCUAUUGGGAAAUACUUCGUCUGGCUGGAUAUCUUCUCCUUCAUUGUCCAAGGCAUCGGAGGCACUAUGCUCCAACCGAGCGCGUCUGCCAACCAACAGAAGCUCGGAAAGAACGUCUACAUGACCGGAGUGGGCGUGCAAGAGAUCUUCAUCGUUUUGUUCACCAUCCUCAUUGUCCGAUUCCAGAUCGAGAUGAUGCGACUCGAGAAGUCGGCGAUGAUACCUAGGACUCGAAAGUGGUUGUUGCUCACCGGAGCCCUUUAUGCAGCCUUGGCUUUGAUUACCAUGCGCAUUAUCUUCCGCCUCAUCGAAUUCUCUCGUGGUAUGACCGAAUCAAAUCCUCUCCCAUACCAUGAAGUCUAUCCUUUGGCCCUGGACGCAUCACCCAUGCUGCUAGCCAUUACCAUUCUCAGUGUGAUCCACCCCGGCAUGGUUCUCAAGGGACCCGAAAGCGAGUUGCCAUCUCGCAAAGAGAAGAAGCAGAUGAAGAAGGAGAACAAGGAAACUAAGAAGGCCAUGAAAGCGGCAGGGAAGUCUGGCAAGCUUGGGUAUGGAACCGAGUACUCGCCCCUCGGCGGGUACAGCUCACAGAACCUUACGAACGACGUGGAGCUCGAGGUACCGCACGAAAACAGGUUCUUGAGAGACGGAUAUAGCUCCCCCAACCACUCGAGGGACCAUUCGAGGGACAAUUCUGGAGACAACUUAGGAUACUACUCCGGGCCGCCCGUUUGAUACGGUGGUUGAUUGUUAUGGCGUAAUCAUAGAUGGGCGAGGAGCUUAGAGUCUCACGAGGAAUUUGGUGCUUUCGGCGUUUUGGGCGUUGUGGAAAGUCUUCAUUUGUUUGAGCGGUAAUGGAACAUCACUAGAGCAAUGAUAGC